GGAGCAAUGUCUAGCGUCGCGUCGGGUUCUCUCAAUUAGCACCUGCGUGAGUGACACAGUAAGCCCCCAAAAACUGUAGCUCCCAGAGAUCAGUCUCAAUUGUAACAUACACGCCUACGGACGUGCUCUCGAGCUCCAGAAGCGCUUCAUUCCUUCACCUUCUCCCAAGUGAAAACCGAAAGUGAAUAGACGCAUAGUCAUGUCGUUGUCUAUGUCCAAUCGCUCGACACAUUCCACUCGCAUCUUUGCCAUAGUGGUCAUCUUCUUCAGCUGCUACAUUGCGGGCAUAUACAGUGCGGCACGUGCCAGCAGUCAAGUCAUACUCAAUGAAUCACAUAAUCGCAGCCAAAGCUUGGAAACUUCUGUGGCCCUCAGGGAUGGGGAGGACAUGGCGAUGUCUCGCAACAGUUCGAGGCAUCCUAGAUGGUUUCCAUUUUACACAAUCGGACGUUUCUCCAAUGACAUAUGCAUUGGGAAUAAUCUCCUGCUGGGCACCUGUGUGAUCAAUGGCGAGUGCUCGGAUAACAGCGGGGUGGCUGCCGGCAGUUGCUCCACCAUCACGGCUCAGGCGAUUUGCUGCAUUUAUCAAAGGACGUGUGGGGCAAGCACCACAUAUAACAACACCUAUUUCUACAAUGCCAACUAUCCGGCACCCUAUGCCGGGGGCGGACGUUGCUCAAUUACUGUGACUCCGCCGGAUUCGACAAUCUGCCAGCUGCGUGUGGACUUCUUAGCCUUAUCCCUGGCCCCGCCAACGGGCGAUGGCGUUUGCAGCACGGAUGCCUUGACCAUUACGGGAGGUGCCUCACAGGUGCCAACCAUUUGUGGCGAGAAUGCGGGCCAGCAUAUCUAUGUGGAUUUCAAUGGAGUGAAUCCCAUUUCCAUAUCGGUGGCCACAUCGAGCGGUUACACCUUCAAUCGGCAAUGGCAGUUUCAGAUACGCAUGCUCGGCUGCACUUCAGCCACCUUGGCGCCCUCGGGAUGUCUGCAGUACUACAUGCCCUCCAGUGGCACCUUCUCCAGCUUCAAUUAUGUGUCCGCCGCAUCGUCGGCCCUCAAUUCGAUUGGAGUGCAGGGCACUCGACAGUUGGCCAACACAAGAUAUGGCAUAUGUAUAAGGAAGGCAACGGGCAUGUGCUCCAUCACGUACAGUCAGGUCAGCUCCGAUUCCUAUUCGUUUACGCUGACCAACGAUGUGGGCGCUGUGGAUCCCACACUGCUGGCCACCUCAUCUGUCCAGAGUCAGGAAUGCACAACGGACUAUAUAGUGAUACCGGCUCCGACGCAGGGCGGCACAGCGAUGCCAAGUGAUAGAUUCUGUGGACUCGGCCUGGUGUCAACGACCACUUCGGCCAAGCCAUUUACGGUCUACACGGUGACUGAUAGCAAUGAGGAUAUGGACAUAUCGAAUCGUGGCUUCUAUCUAUCCUAUUCGCAAAACGCGUGCCCUGUUCUAUAGAGCUGGGGGUACAUCCUUUCCCUACAUUUAUCAUAAUAAAGAGACUUGAUUUAUCCAUAUAUCUACAUAUCUGUCGAUCUGUCUGUCUAUCA